AGGCAUUGACUUUCUUCAUUUAUAAAAUAUCAAAUAAAAAGUAUACUGAAUUCGUGUAUAUUACAAGCAAAAUAAACACUAUACCAUAUUCAUAGCACUUUCCAAACUCAUUUUUAUAAUCCAUAAAAUAACAUGUUAAUGACUUAAUAUUUAACAACUCCUCACACUUCUCCUCCAUCAUCACCAUAAGUUGUUGAAAACUCACUUUUUCCAACCAUUAGUUCUCUCCUCCACCUUCAACCACGUUUCUUGCCUUUCUCUUUUUUUCUCCAACAUCCAAAUUGGAUCACAACCUUUAUCACAAGUUUUCUUUGAUUCUAUUCCAAUCCUAAAAACAACUACAUCAUGCAACUUUGAUCUAAACUCUAUUUUCAUUUACAUGUUCAAUUUCUUUAGCUUCUUCUAAUUUCUAGCUAAGUUACAAACCUGGGUCCCUUUUUUCUUUCCAUUACUUAAAAACAAAUUUAUAAAAACCUACCAAUUAUGUAACUGUACCCUUUUCAACCUUAAACCUCCCCCCCCAAAAAAAAACCAAAAAAAUUGUUUUUUCUUACAUUUGGAAAAUUAUGUAGUGUUGGUAUAUUCACUAUUCUAUCCAAUUAUCUUUUUCUUUUUUAGUUUUUUUUUAUUUAAUUAACCCAAAAAAAAAAAAGAAAAAAAAAAGGAAUGACGGAAUCGGAGAUUGGGACACCGACGGCUGCGUCGGUGCCAGCAACCCCAGAUACUCCGGGAGGGCCACUAUUCUCAUCAGUGAGAAUUGAUUCGCUUGAGCGUGAGUCAUUUGCAAUGGGGAGGUGCAACAUGUGUUUGCCGGGUGGUAAAAGCAAUGGUUGCAUUAACAUGGCUUCUAGUGUUGGAAUUCCGAGUGUGUCUCUCGCUCAGAAGAUUGGAGCAGAAUUUGUAGGAACAUUCAUACUAAUAUAUGCAGCAACAGCAGGACCAAUAGUGAACAACAAAUACAAUGGAGUAGAAACACUUAUGGGAAAUGCAGCUUGUGCUGGAUUAACAGUCAUGUUCAUUAUUCUCUCAAUUGGUCAUAUCUCAGGUGCACAUCUCAAUCCAUCACUCACCAUCGCGUUCGCUGCGUUUCGCCAUUUUCCUUGGGCACAUGUUCCUGCCUACAUUGCGGCACAAACCUCCGCUUCGAUCUGCGCUUGUUAUGCUCUCAAAGUUGUUUACCAUCCAUUCCUCUCUGGUGGUGUCACUGUCCCUACUGUUGACGUUGGACAAGCUUUUGCAACUGAGUUUAUCAUCACUUUUAUUCUCUUGUUUGUUGUUACUGCUGUUGCUACUGAUUCCCGCGCGGUUGGUGAAUUGGCUGGUAUAGCUGUUGGGGCUACAGUUUUGCUCAACAUUCUUAUCUCAGGGCCAACAAGUGGUGGUUCGAUGAAUCCAGUGCGCACCUUAGGCCCAGCCGUGGCAGCAGGAAAUUACAAGCAUAUCUGGAUAUAUUUGGUGGCGCCGACGCUUGGUGCUCUUGCUGGUUCCGGAGUUUAUACACUUAUCAAGCUGCGUGACAAUGAAGCUGAACCGCCACGAUCGGUUAGGAGCUUCCGUCGCUAGAUCUUUCUGCCAAAAUGCUCUCCAGUCUUCACUACACCCCACUGCUCAUGUUUCAAACUUCUUGUAUGAUAUUAUAGAAACCUAAUUAAAUAAAAUGUGGGGUCUCCUUGUGAUCAAGAGUGUGAAUUUAUGUGUGUUUUGUUUGUGUGUUAUAUCAUGUAUCAUAUGGAAGCUUUGUUUGGUUUGAUGUGGAUUUUCUAAGGGGCUGAUUAUUGCCAUGGUUUGUAAUAUAUAAUUGGUGCACCUUAUAAUUAAUAAAUGUGUUUUGUUUAAUUGUGUGUAA